ACAGUAAAUUUUCUAUUAUUUAUUUAGGUGUUGUUGCACUUUCCAUUCUGUAUCAAUAUAAAUUUAUAUGCAAUAUAAUUUUUUUUAAUCGGAGUUCUUUUUUUUUUAAUAAAGAUUUUAUUUAUAAACGGACGUUUUAAAGGUGAAAUGAAUAGUAAAUUGUUUUUGUUCUUUGUCCUCAUCGCCUCGCCACAAAUCAAUACCUACAAAGGAUCUAUAUAAAAAUGAAGAUAAUUUUGCAAAGACAUAAAAAAAUUAUAGGUACCUAUAUUAACAAAAUAACUUGUUUUAAUUAAAGUCUUAGAAUCAAUAGCAGCAAUGGUUGUCAUAAAGUGGAGAUUUCACUGGAAGGAUAUUUAUAGUCGAAUCAAAACAAAUAUUGUAUGGAAGUAUUCAGAAACAACACUAGCAAUACGCUCAUUAACCUACAAUGAACACAUGAGUCAAAGUUAUGCCAUUGAUUGUUUACUGGAACCUAUAUUUUGGUUUGUUGACAACUUUGCCAAAUACUUAGGAAAGGUAUUUGUGUUCUGUGUGACCAUACUGACAAUGGCAGUUGUAGCAAUAGCAUAUUGGGUGGGAUUACCAUACUGGUGGCAGCGAUGUCCUUACACUACCACAUUCUUAGUGGUGUUUGGAAACUGGCUGCUUCUCAACAUAGUGUUUCAUUAUUACAUGGGAGUUGUCACUGAACCGGGAUAUCCUCCACAUGGAGCCAUGAUAUCAGAAGCUGCUAGCAUAUGCAAGAAGUGCAUAUCUCCCAAACCAGCUCGCACCCACCACUGCUCGGUAUGUGACCGCUGCAUCCUUGCUAUGGACCACCAUUGCCCGUGGCUCAACAAUUGUGUUGGGUAUUUCAAUGCGAGGCAUUUCUACCUCUACAUGGCUUACAUGGUGGCUGGGGUUGCCUUUGUCAUUAUUGCUGGACUAGAUAUUGGUUAUCAGGUGCUCUGGGUAAAUGAUACAGGUGGCAUCAUUCCCAACAAUGAUCCAGAUUUAAUAGGUCAUCCUGUACGUGUGAACCAAUCAGGUGUGUUGGUGCCCGUCCAGGUGAUUGUGGAGUACGAUUCGGUGAACUUCCCCCGGGAGCACGACCUCCCCGUGCCCCCCAUCACGGAAACCCAGCGGAUAUCAGCUCACCCGUGGAAAAGAAAAGCCGUCGCCUUCAUGGCCGUCACUUGCGUAUCCGUACUCUUCGCGUUGGGAACACUAAGUACUAUGCACGGAAAGAAUAUAAGCAGAGGGGAAACCAGUGUGGAAGCACAUAUAAACGAGACACUCCGGAAGACGCAGAAGUCUUUCAGAAAUCCUUACAACUUCGGCAGGAAGAAGAAUUGGAAGUUGUUUCUCGGACUAACACAAGGAAGGACAUUUUUUAAACAUGUUCUAUUUCCUUCAAGACACAGGCCCCCUGGGAAUGGCUUGACUUGGCAUACGGUUCAUAAUGUGCUAGAAGAUUGGCCUUGAACAGGAUUGUUUAAUUAAAUACGUUCCAAUUUUGUACUUAAGUGAAAAGUGGAAGUUUUGACUUGUUUAGGAAGUGAUAUAGAUUUAUUUGCGAUCAAAUUGUACAUUCAUAGUACAAUCUACAAAACAAUCUAAAAGAUGAAGCAAUGAUUAGUUAAUAAGGUAAAAUAUUUAUUUUUGUAAAUAGUAUGUCAGUGAUUGUGUUAGUGAAUCAGCUAGUAUAUUUGCAUAAUUUUAGGCUAAAAGAUGUAUAAAAAUUAUUAGCGACAUAUGUAUUGAGACAAAUGAACAGACAGAGCCUUCUUACUCUCACAGUAAAUAGUUUAUUUUGCGGCAUUAUAAACUUACACCAGAGGAGGCAUUUUAGUAAUUUGUCUUAAAUUCUUUAUACUUACAUUCGCGCAUUUAGGAUAGCAAUUGUUAGCAAAUAAUCCGCAAGCGACUGAACAAAAUAUUUCUUGGUAGUUACUAGCAUUUAUCGUAAAUAAUCUGUGUAAAAUGCAUUCUUUGUAGCGGGAAAAUUAUAGUUCAUCGGUUUAAACGCAGUUACCGGUGGUUAAGCCCCGGUUAUAAGUCAAUUUUAGAUGCGAGCAAUUCCUUAUUUGACGAUAAGAAAUUAUCUUAAUUUGACGAUAAGAAAUACCUUGCUACUUCAGUCUAAUUAUUUUGAACUAAAUAGAAGGAAUAUAAAUAAAACAAAAUAUAUUCAUAAUCAAAUUUUAUUUAAAUUUAUUAAACCUAAGACUACAAAAUAUACAUAUGUAACGUUACAAUUACUACAUAUUAAACAUAUUGCACCUUUUUUACUAAAUUCAAAUAAAAAAAAUACUUAUAAACAUACAGUACAAAAGACUUACGUUACACUUAAAGCGCUACUUCUUGGGCGAAAGAGCGGUAUUUUUUAUUUAAUACACUUUAGUUUUAUCAUUUUCGGCUUUGCCUACGGGAUGUUAUUUUACAUUUAUUAGCGCGUCGCUGAACUUUACUAACUUAACGAAGGCGUUCUUUCUGGAAGCUUGGAUCAUUAUCUAUUUCAUCUAGCGUUGGUUUUUCUAUGGUAUUUAUUACAGCGUACAUAAUUGACUGAGCAUAGCUAAUGAUAUUCUAACCUAUGUUAUAAAAUAUAAUCUUACUAGGAUAUUUGUUUGUAACGCCAGUGAUGUGCAUUAUUGUGAUGUAAAUUUUUGAUUAAAACAUGCACAUCGCUGUGUUACAUAUGUAUACUAAUAUGGCACUGUCUUAUAUGGAAUAAUGGGUAGACAUCAUAUUUAAUGUCACAUCUUAAAGUUUAACUGAGGUCCUGACCCGGUAUUACGGCCUGCCGUCGUUGAAAGGUCUUUAAAAAUUUGUGGAAAAUGUUUUUUAGACUUCGGUCCUCAGGAUCUACUCCUGAAGACCUAAAAACAUUUGAGUCAAAAAAUAUCUUAUAUUAUUAUAAAAUUAUUUCGAGGCCCAUAUAUAUUUAUUUACCCUGGCGUUUUUCAACCUAUUGAAGUACGGCACGAAUACGAAUUUAUACAAAAACAAACUUUCGUUGGAUUUUUUAUCCCUAAUAUAACGGCGAAACAGCAUCUUAUUAGGUAGGCAUGAGAGUGCUUACUGCUUUUGUCGCCUUAUACGAUUCGUACAGACCUUACCUGUGCGAUGUCCUUCGUCCAUGUCUUCUUUCCAGUUAUGCCUCCCUUAGUUCGCUAAUAAUUUCCAUCAUUAAGCCAUACAACUAAGCGUAGCCUUUCAGUCUUUUUAAGACUGUUGGCUCUAUCUAUCUCACAAGGGAUAUAGACGUGAUUUUAUGUAGGUAUAUGUUUUUAUGUAAGUCCGCUAAUAGCCCACAAAAUAUACUGCGAUAGCGUUGUCUACAUUACCUACUGCUACACAACAAUACAAGUGAACGCAGAUGAGACGUUUGUUAGUUAUGAUACUGCAGGUUGUCUGAACUGAGCGCCAGGGAAGUAAGCACACUGCGGCGCUGAGGGUUCACGCCAAGGUUCUCCCAAUUGAUCCACGACAGACGGGCGGUAAGGUCUGAAAACAACAAUGUUCUUUAAUUUUUUAAAUCUCUAGUGUGGAUCUCAGAUAUUCCCGUUGAGCUUUUUAUAACAACAAGUAAUUGUAGGUGCUUACUAUUGUGUCACUAUGAACUUUGUGGGACUUUUUUGAACGAUUUUGCGAUAGAAAAGGAGUCGACGAAUUGUGGACGCCCUAGGACCAAAAAUUAUGUUAAUGAACCCGCUAGUAAAAUUCCCGCUUUUUUAUUUGAAAAUUGAUGCUGUCCCGUUAUAAUUGAGAUGCGGUCUUGAUGAAUGAGCGUCAACUGAUUGAUCCGCGAUGAACUUAUCAUCAAGUUUACUUAUUUUUUUAUGUUCGUCGUAGUUACCUAGGCAAAAAUCUCAAGUUGAAUAUUGUUUUGAACUCACCGCUUGUGUUCCAGUGCGCGCGAUCUGCUUUUAUUUCGCCGCGCAGGCAUUUUUCUACAUAUGUAAGUGGAUCGUAAUCCGCAUCUAAGACCUAAAAUAAAAUACUUUUUAUAAUUUUCUAAACAUGUAAAAGAAAGUGACUAUGGCAUAGCAUCCGAAGUAAACUUUGUUCUAUUCACUUAAAAGUUUGGUUCUUUUUAUAUCCUCAACAAUGUACCUAUACAUUGUGAUUAUGGGAAUAGAUACGGGCUCUGCUGACUUUAAUGUAAGCUAAAGUGAUGUAAAUUUUCAAUUUGCGUUUCUACUUUUUUACAAGCAUUUUCGGGCUUCAUCUUAAACUUAAGGGUAGAAAAUAAAGCUAAUACAUAACUGGGUGUCACAGUAAUAAACUCUUCGAACUGAUAA